AAGGUCCGAGACAAACAACAUCUAUCAAAGAAAACUUGCCCGAACUUGGGAUGAAUACAUACCUAACCUAGGUAAUCUAGGUACCUAGAGAAUAGAAAGACUAGAACUUCUCGUAUUAAACUCUCCCUUUUUUUAAAUCUCUAAAAUUACAUCGUUCAAAAUACUGCUGCAGCAAUGGCUCCAAUUAUUCAUCUCGUCCGCCACGCUCAAGGUUAUCAUAACCUAAAUGAGGCGAAUCAGCAGAUACGUGACCCAGACUUAACUCCUCUAGGCGAAGCUCAGUGCGAUGAGCUCUGCAGAAGAUUCGAUGUUCAUGGCAAACUCACGCAUCUCGUCGCUUCUCCUAUCCGACGGACAAUACUUACCUGUCUGCGCUCAUUUGCGCCAGAGGUGAAAUCCGGGAAGAAAGUAAUUGCUCUUCCCGAUGCCCAAGAAAUCUCGACGCUACCAUGCGAUACUGGCUCAGAUCCUAGCAAGCUCAAGGAAGAAUUUGGCGAUCUUGUGGAUUACCAUAUGCUCCAUGACGGCUGGAAUGAUAAGUCCAGCGAAAGCAAAUAUUAUCCCACCCCCGCCAAGCUUGAAGCAAGAGCGCGGGCGGCUAGGGUAUGGCUCAGGGACUUGGCGAACAAAGCCGGAGAAGAUGCGCAAAUUGUCCUUGUCACCCAUGGCGGGUUUCUCCACUUCCUUACCGAAGACUUUGACGGAGUGAAGUUAGAGAGAGGUACCGGUUGGGAUAACACUGAAAUCCGUUCAUACGAAUUCAAGGAUCCCACCGGCCAAGAUCCCAACGCAACGCUAAAGGAGACCCAGCCGAGCUGGCGUCGUCGGCGCGGCAGCGCAAUUCCUCUCACUGAGACGGAGCAGAUGGAAAUACGUGAAGCGUUUCAGACUGCUCUUCGGCAGGAGGUCAAGAAACACGAGAGCCGUUCGGCCCAGGCAUCGGAAGUAGCUGUUACCGAUUAAAUAGCCAGCGGGGAGAGACAGUUAGAUGUAGAU